CACUGUGACUCUCUCACUCUCUCUCUCUCAGAAUUCCAAAUGGCGGUGGCCUCCACAUCUCUCGCCUCCCAACUCUCCGGCCCUAAAUCCCUGUCGCAGUCCUACUCCGGCCUCCGACCAUCCUGCCCCAAACUCGACCAGUCUCUUUCCCAAACUCACUCCUCCCUCUUCCAACACCUCAGCCUCUCCUCCUCCUCCCGCAAGGCCUCCAGAGCCGUCGUCGCCAUGGCCGGAACCGGAAAGUUUUUUGUUGGUGGAAACUGGAAAUGUAAUGGCACAAAAGACUCGAUCAGCAAGCUAGUGUCAGACUUAAACAGCGCAAAAUUGGAACCUGAUGUUGAUGUUGUUGUAGCACCACCAUUUCUUUACUUGGAUCAGGUGAAAAGCUCACUAACAGAUCGCAUUGAGAUAUCCGGUCAAAAUUCUUGGGUCGGAAAAGGUGGGGCUUUCACAGGGGAAAUCAGUGUGGAACAAUUGAAGGAUAUUGGCUGCAAAUGGGUUAUUCUUGGGCACUCUGAACGGAGACAUGUAAUUGGUGAAGAUGAUCAGUUUAUAGGAAAGAAAGCUGCCUAUGCCUUGAAUGAGGGUCUGGGAGUAAUUGCUUGCAUUGGUGAGAAGUUAGAAGAAAGGGAAGCAGGGAAAACUUUUGACGUAUGUUAUGAGCAACUGAAGGCUUUUGCAGAUGCUGUACCUAGCUGGGAAAAUAUAGUUGUUGCUUACGAGCCUGUAUGGGCCAUUGGAACUGGUAAGGUGGCCAGUCCACAACAAGCUCAGGAAGUACAUGUAGCAGUUCGUGAGUGGCUCAAAAAGAAUGUGUCAGCAGAGGUGGCAUCUAAAACCAGAAUUAUUUAUGGAGGAUCUGUAAACGGAGGCAACUCUGCUGAGCUUGCAAAGGAGGAAGAUAUUGAUGGGUUUCUAGUUGGUGGUGCUUCCUUGAAGGGACCUGAAUUUGCUACCAUUGUCAAUGCUGUAACAUCCAAGAAAGUUGCUGCUUGAUUAUGACAGUUUCGGCUACAGUAUCAAAUAAAGGGCAUUGCAAAGCUACUGUGAGUUUGAAGCAUGUUGUAACAAAUGUAUGAGCCAAUUGUACGGAUUUUUUUCUUGUCAUUUUUUUGAAGUUUUUCCUCCCUCCAUAAAGAUAGGAAAUAUCUUCUAUCCAUUUUCCAAGGGCCACUUCUCGUGUUUGUGGACACUAGAGAAAUACAAGUCGUUUCACAAGGGUCUCUCAAUAUGAAAUCCACCAUCAAUGGUUGGUAUUGACCAUAUCAUGUUUUGCCAUAUGUGAAUCACAAAGCAAAAUUCUGCUUUCGAUGAACACUGGAAAGUGGAAAAUAAACAAGUAUUUGCUUUGGAAAAUGGCUAUGUAAAAGAUAGGAUUCUGCUUAGCAUGUACUCAAAUGAUUCAUAUGCUCAUCUUCUAUAUAAAAAUUAAUUUGGUAUCAAUCACAUGAUAGAGCAUUUU